CCUGGAUUUUCCCUUCACCGUCGCUAUUCACUCUCGAUUCAUUCACGGGCCGUUCCACAUUAUGGCCUUUGAUAUCGGCCCCUCUAUUCAGCCCCUGGGCCGCGAUGCCAUUGUUGCCCUUUCACCUUGGUCCUGGUUUACUUCAUCCCUGUCUGUGGCCACUAAUACCUCACCUCCCGAAUGCUUCCAGCUCUCCCCUUCCAUCACCACCACCGCUUCCCAAUCUCAAAUCUCGGCAAAAGCCGCCCAGUUCUGCUGGAAUUACCUGUCCCGAAUUCUAUCUCACCCUGCAGAGCGAGUGCCGCCGUCUCAGCAGCACCAGCUCCGCCCACGGAGAAGGACUCGCCGCUCUUCUCACCCCCGUGCGACAGCAGCUGAAAAGCGUCUUUGCUCUUCAAUUGUCAAAUCUUCUCGCCAAGCAGUUGCGUCCAGGCGAUUCUCUCUCCGGGAUCGUAACGACAGCAUGGCUACCACGUCGACCGAGCGUCGGCCGUCGGUUAGCUUCCACAUGGAGACGAGAAGUCGCACUGCAAAAAUCACCCCGGAACAAACCGACGCUUCUACAGAACAAUCAUCGCCCUCAUCGUUGUCAUCUCUAUCAACGCCGCCGUCCACUCCGCCCAAGAACACAAAAUCUCGAAAACGAAAGUUUUCCGACGCGGGCUCAGAUGGCGCCGAGCACUCGUCAAAGACUAAGCGCCUUGCACGACAAGGCUCCACAACAUCGUCGCUGUCGGAUUCUGCCACUCCACGGAAGCGAACGUCUCGAAUGCCAGUUGUAGAUAGUGCUAGAGCUGUUGCGGACACCGACAGUGCUCCGUCGCUAACCUCGUCAUCACCCAGUCCGCCGGAAUCGGCCAAGACGUUGAGACGAAGCUCGCGUAUAGCACGAUCGGAUGUAUUGGAGGCUAUCCAGGAUCCUAGCAGUGAUGGAACCCAAGCCUCGUCACCUCCUAAUCAAAUAGAUGCAGGCAACGUCCCAUCGCAGAAACCUUCAGAAGCAAGCCCAACCGACCCCGAGACACCGCCAAAGCCUGCCCGCGCCUCGCAAUCUGCCAAAGAGACAACAGCGACUAAGGCGAAGAUCAGCUUCCAGGAUUACAAAGACAAAGAGCUCUGGCCAGAGUACGAUGCGCAGAAUCCAACAUACUACGCAAAUGACGCAACCACCCGCUACCGUCCUGCAGAGAAUGGCGACACUCCGGAGUCCCGCUCUCCUAGGAAGCCGGCACGAGGUGGCGGCCGAGGUGGUCGUGGAGGUGCUCAUGCAAAUGGUGGUGGACGUGGUAAAGGCAAGUCCAGAGGUAGAGGAGGUCGCGCCGGUGGUGAAAGCCCUGAACCACCAAAUCGAAGACGACCACUGACCCAAGAGGAAAAACUCGAAAUCUCCAUAAUCAAGGCGAGGCAGCUGGAGCUGAAACGAUUCUUUAGCAUUGUGGGCGCUCAGCAGGUCGACAUCCUUGAUCAAUUGUCGGGGCGAGACGCUUCCAAAAUCGCCAGAAAGCCAAAGGCACACAGACAUGUCCCCGAGUACGACAGCGUAGUGGAAGAAGUUGAGGCCACCAUGAGAGAUGUGCAGGACUUUGUCCAAACACGUUAUGACCUCCAGGUCGAGCAUGAAAAGCAGCGCCUGCAGCAAGAGAAGGAAGUAAUUGAAGCGCAAUUCAAGAAUCGCGUCACCGAAGCCCGCAAAGAACAUCUUGCCGGCGCCGAAGGAGACAUUAUCCUCUUCGAACGAGCUUACCGCGCCGCUCACGACGACACCCAUACCGAAUCUGGCUCCGAUAUGGAUUACUUCCCCCAUUAUCACGAGCUUCCCGAACCAAAUACCCAACCCCGUGGCUACUCCUCCAGGAAAAUCAUGGAUGAGAAGCCCUUCAAGCAACAGUUGGAAUCGUACGACGAACAAGCCCGCCAGCAGGUGCUCAAUGAGGAUGUUAUUGGCCCCUUGUUGAAGCAGAUGGAACAACGAAACAACGAAUGGCGCACCGAACAACUUCGAAAGAAAUCCCAGACCAUGGAUGCUCUCUCUGCGGAAGCAGCCAAAGAGCUCGAGAACAUCAAGGGUUACCUGAUCCCCAGACCUCUCAACAUGGGCGAGAGCAGUUCGUAUGCGUUGUCGGCGCUGGCAGACGUUUCCGACUGGGUCGCCCAGCAGCAUCCCGAACGUCAGUACAUCUACAUGCCUCUUGCCCAAGGAGAUGUCUUCCCAAAGCAAGGCCUGGAUUUCUCUCCGCUUCCUGGCCAGGGACCAUCUGCCCUGCCACCACCCCCGCCGCCACCACCAUCAUAUCAAGUCAUUCGCCCAGACUCGAGGGGCCGUGGCCGACGCUCGAAAUUUCCACCCCAGCACAACGCGCCGGCGGCCGGCCAUGUAUCCACUCCUCCACCUCCAUCAUCGCAAUCCAUCCCGCCACCUCCAAGUCCUUUAUCAGCACCGGCCCCCGCUGUCGGGCCUGCGUCUUUCCUGCCGCCACGCCUGGUUUCGAGUGGACUAGGUCAACCGAUCGCCCCUGCGCCGCCCAAACCCGCGCCUCCGCACCGCUCGACCACCCACAUGAAUGUUUUCCGGCACAGUCCUCGACCGAGUGUCCAUCAACACGCCAUGCCUCCUCGCCACAACUCUCUCGGCUCGCCGCUGCUGAACGGGCCCCAGCAAUUCAUCUUCCAACCUCCUCAGCAGCCCUACCAACACCAAUCUGCCCCGGGGCCGGCACCGACACCACAAUACAGCCCUCAUCCGGCGAGUCCCCUGGGCUCUGGAACGGGCGCUAACAGCACCGUUACCAGUGCCGGUGCGGUCCCAAGUGUCAGCGCGGGCGCAGGCGCAGGCUCGGGCGUCGGUAAUGUCGGCGCUCCUAGUGGCGGCGGCGGCGGUAAUGGUGGUCCGACCAUGCAAGUCAUAGGCCAACAGACCAAGAUCCCCAUGACGUUUGUGAACCAGACGAUCGCGAGCCGGAACGCCGCCGCCGCCGCCGCCGCGAGCGCAGGCGGCAACGGGACCCCGAGUGGGAACGGCGGCCCGGGCAAUGGAAAGAGGGUGCUGCUGCCCAAGAUGUGAAACCUCGUUGUCGUGUGGUUUUUGUGCGUGUCUCUACGUGCGUGCAUCCAUGCAUGGGACUGAGAAGAACGAAAGAUAGGCCAAUGGUUUCUAUUUGUAUGGAAAGAAAGAAACCAUCCCUGGAAGGGAACAGUGUAUUCAAGAUGCGCAACUGGACGGACGACGAGGACGACCCUCCCUGGGGAAGGGGGGGUUGUUACGGUGACAUGACACGAUUCAUGUGAUGAAAAAAAGCCCUGUUUUUUAUUUCUUCCUUCUUCUGAUGAGAGGGAGCGUCUUGCUUGCUUGCUCGCUGACAAUCACACUGUUAUUGUUAUUGUCACUGUUGUACGGGUCAACGAUGGACGAUGAAAAAGGACCCCGUGUCUUUCAAAGGGCCCCCUGCGAUUCGUCAUAGAAUAGGAG